AUGUUUUCUAAAGCAACCACAGUAGCAUUAUUGUUACUGGCAACUUCUAUUCCUAGCUCACUUCAAAAUACAGCUAAGGUGGCAGCAGCCAAAUUCCUUAUGCAGAGUUUUGAACUCUAUCAGAGUGAUCCUGUCCAUACUCAGCAAGUCCACUCGCAUCAUGUUCAAGAAUAAAGCAAGCCAAUUACUCCAGUCGAAUUCUUUGAAGUUUAAUACAGAUGCCAAUAUAUGAGUGGAUUGAAUUUCUAUGAUUUAAAACCAUUAGCUCUAGUUAAGGAUAGCUAUAAGUUCACUAAAGACGUCAACGAUUUCUAUGUGAGUUUCUGCAAUGACUUGCCUGAUGAUUAAUCAUGCAGCACAAAGACAAUGGUAACUAGAUAUGACAUAGCUGGUGGAAAUUGUCAGGUUCUAUCUGGAUCUGACCCCACUAAAGAUGCCGAUUUUGAUCCACUUGAGGAAGAUAAAGAUAGUGGACUUAAAAUCACCUACAACAGUGGCAAUAAGAAAGAUGGUUGCAGUGGCGAGCCAUCAUUCUAAAUCUAGAUUAGUUGUGAUAAAGAUGUUGAAAGCACAGAAGAUUACACAAUUGAUGAUAGCGGAUGUUAUCCAAUUCUUAAGUUUAGCCACAAAACUGGUUGCAAAAUCGGAAAUCUUAGUGGUCUUUGGCAAUGGUUUACGAAGAACAAGUGGUUUAUGUUUGUUGCAUUCCUUAUCAUUGGAAGUAUCCUCUGUUUCUUAGGAAGAACAUUAUUCAGGCCAGUUCUAUUUAUUGCUGGCAUGAUCUUGGCAAUUUCUCUAGUUUGGAUCAUUUUCUACUCAACAUUCUUAAAUGAAAACACUAAACCAUGGGUUGGUUGGGUCGUUCUAGUUGGAGCACUUAUCUUUGGCCUUAUUAUUGGUUGCCUUAUGGUCAAACUAGUCAAAUUAGGUGCCUUUAUUCUUGCUGCAUGGGGUGGAUAUGCUCUAGGACUGUUAGUUUAUAAUGCUUUCUUGUACAAAAUGAACUCAAAUACUGGUUUCUGGUGCUUUACUGUUGGUAUGGCCCUCGUAUUCGGUAUUCUUGCACUAUUCUUCUUCGAUCAUAUCUUGAUUCACGCAACUGCCUUGGCUGGAUCAUUCUUAGUAAUUAAUGGUAUUGGUCUUGUUGCAGGUCGCUAUCAAAAUCCAUUCACUAUUGCUGAUGAAAUCAACAAUGGAGUAAAAGAUAAUAUUGAUCCUAUUUUCUAUGCCUAUCUUGCAGGAAACUUAGUACUUUACGUGCUUGGUAUGCUCUUCUAAUAUAGACAAAAAAGAGGAGACAAGGUUAAUGGCAAGGACCCAUACAGCAGACUCAGAUGA